GGAGCCUGACUGAGAAGGGCCUGGGCUGGAGGUCGCUGGGACUGGAGUCCUUAUGGCCCUCCCGCCGGAGACUCGCCCUCUGGAAGGCAGAUGGGACCCUUUUUUUCCUGUAAUACAGUGGAUACAGUUUGCCACGGCUACUCUCAGUGUUAUAGGUUCGAGUUCGCUUAUCACUUAUGCUGUGUUCCAGAACCCACAGACAUCUGCAGAGAUAAAACCACUCUUUUAUCUGAGCUUUUCUGACCUGCUCCUGGCAAUUUGCUGGCUCAUCAAAGCACUUCUCUAUGGAACUUCGGCAGCCCACAAGGACAGCAUCUGCUAUAACCUACAGACGGUCGGGGAGAUACUGUACCUUGCCUCACUCCUCCACACCAUCAGUUACACCUGGUAUCUGCACACAGAGCUGAGGAUGAAGCACAGCCAGAGUGGACAGGGCACAGCUGCACAGGUGAUAGAUCGUAGUCACCAAUGUGGUCACGUGGUGUUCAUUUUGUCAAGCCUGAUACCUCUGCUGUUGAUGACACCUGUAUUCUGUCUGGGCAAUGUCAAUGAAUGUUUCCACAACUUUAGCCAGAGCCACAGGUGCAUCCUAAUGUACUCACCGCCGCCAGCCACGAUUGAGCCCCUGCCUUCCACCAACACAUCCGUCUGCAGCACCCUCUAUUUUUAUGGUGUCACUGUUUUCCUGGCCAGCUUUUUCUUCAGCCUCCUCCUCAUCACGGUCCUACUCAUCCAUGCCCAGACAUUGUAUAAGAAGUUUGUGAAGUCGACAGGCAUUCUGGAGAGUGAUCAGUGGGCAGUGAUUUACACUGUGGGUCAACGAGUACGCUUCUUCCCAGUGGCCUUUGUGUGCUGCUGGGGCCCAGCUGUCACACUGCUGAUCAUAAAGCUGACCAAGCCACAGGACACCUCCCUGCACAUGGCCCUCUCUGUGCUCCAGGCUCUCACGGCAGCAUCCCAGGGGCUGCUCAACUGUGGCAUAUAUGGCUGGACACAGUGCAAAUUCCAGCAGCUGAAGCGUCAGCCUCGCCGUGACGCCGAUACUCAGACGCCGCUGCUGUGCUCACAGAAGAGAAUCUACAGCAGGAGCCUGGACCCACUUGCUUUUGCUUCCAGCUCUUCCACCAUUCUUUGAAACUGUGGAAGUGGAACAUCCAGGAAGUGAAUGUUUCACGUGAGCGAACUCUGCAGGUCUGCAGGGAACACCCUCUGUCGCUUCUGGCCAUACCUUAGGCCGAAGAACUGAAAGGGAACGGAACGCCGUGGUCAGCAGCGAUUCUGGGUGACUUAGGAAGGAUCUCUCCAGGUGCUCGUUCAGGGAGAUAGAGCCGCUCUCUCUCUAAGAGAGUCAGCACUUUGACAAAUACUAGACGUAUUUACAUCUCUUCAAGAAAAAAUAAAUUUCAGGUUCAUGUGUA